AAUUCGUGAUUCAGCUACUCGGAAAAAGUUACUAAAUGAAGACCGUACUUUUCAAGAUGUGUUAAAAGUGGCCAUAGCUGAUGAAGUUGCUAGUAAGGAGACUUUAGCAUUUCAGAAUAAUACGAAACCAGUGAACGAAUCUGUGCAUACUGUGGGUAGAAAUCAAAUUCCUGAUAAGUUUUCAAAUAGCAGGAAUACAUCAAAUUCCAAUAACCUAAGACCACCAUUCCUACCGCCCAGAAAUUUUCAUAUGCCUGUUAUUCCUGUGGAGGUACUGAACAUUCUCGGGCCCAGUGUAGAUUUAGAAAUGUUGUAUGCAGCCGAUGUAAGCGGACUGGUCACAUUGCUCGUGUUUGCAAGAGAGGUAACAUGCAAAAUAGCUUUAUCGAACAGAAACUGAGUUCAGAUGAUGUGUUUCUUGAGGAAGAAUUAUUUACGGUUUUUGAUGUUAACUCCCUAUACAAAUCAGAAAUUUCCGUACCCUUGAAAAUUGAGAAUCAAGAGUGUUCCUUACAAUUAGAUACUGGUUGUGCAUUGUCCUUGGCCCCCCAAACCUUCUAUGAGCAAUUUUGUUCCCAUAUCCCUUUAAAACCUACCGCAGUGAGAUUAUCUACCUAUACCGGUGAAAAGGUUCAACCUUUGGGACAAAUCAAUGUUAAUGUUACUUAUGCUGGAACUCAGCACUCUCUUCCAUUACUGGUAGUACCACAGGGCUCUGGUGUCUUAUUUGGAAGAAACUGGCUAAGGUGUAUAAAGCUAGAUUGGAACAAUUUGCCUGGAAUUGAGUUACCGUCAUUUACUACCACAGCUACAUGCUCCAAGAUUUCUGAAAAUAAGAAUACAUUGGACUCACUCCUAUCAAAAUAUGAUGAACUGUUUCAACCUCAAAUUGGGUGUUACACUGGUGAUGCUGUAGUUCUCAAUGAAAGUAAGGGAGCUAAAUUCCAUAAAGCACGUCCAGUUCCAUAUGCAAUACAGACAAGAGUUGAAAGUGCUCUACUAAAAAUGGAAAAAGAUGGUGUCAUUGAGAGGGUUUCUUCUGCUGUUAGUGCUGCCCCUAUUGUUACGGUGGGCAAAAAGGACGGUGAUGAAGUUCGAGUUUGUGGUGAUUUCAGUGUUACUUAUAAUGCAUGUGCUGAAGUUGAGACUUAUCCAAUGCCUAAAAUAGAAGAUAUGCAUUCUGCAUUGAGGGGCUGUCAAGUAUUCAGUGUAUUAGACCUGAAGCAAGCUUAUCAUGAAAUUCUCAUUUCAACUGAGUCUCAGAAGUAUCUUACCAUCAACACCCUUCUGGGUCUCUUUGCUUUUAAAAGGUUGCCUAACGGGAUUCAUUCAGGUCCUGCUAUAUUUCAGAGAAUUAUGGAUGGAUUAUUGGCAGAUAUUCCGAAAGCUGUUAGCCUGUUAGCAGAUUGGAUGACAUUCUUAUUGCUGGAACUGAUUAUGAAGAUCAUCUGA